ACUCUAACAAAAGUUCAUAAAAUAAAGUUAAAGCCCGCGUGUGUAAGGAAUUUGUUAUCGUGUGUGUGUGUGAGAGAGUGUGUGGGUGUCGGUGUGUUUGUGUGUGCUGACUUUGUUGUUGCCGCUGCAAUUGAUUAAACAACAGCGAUUGCCUGGUUCUGGUCUGGUUACCUGGGCCAACUUAAAGUACAGAGACCAAGCAACAGAGUCUAAGCCAACACACAAUGGGCUGCAACACCAGUCAGGAGCUGAAGACAAAGGACGGCGGCGCCAUCGAUGCUGUCAGCAAUGGCGAACCGGAGCCGAGUGCACCGCAACUGGAGCUGGCCGAUGGUGGCUCCUGCUCAGCAAAAUCCUCGAACAAUCAUACAAAUCACGCAAAAUCAAAUUCAAUUAUCUCCAAUGGCGAUGCCAAGGCGGCUGCCGUAGCUGCCAUCUCCAAAGGCAGCAGCGCGGUAACAAAUGGCGUCGACCGUUCAUGCGAUAAGGCGGAAAUCACAGAAUUCAACGAUGAUGUCGAGGAGGAAGCAAAAGCCGCAACAAAGAUUCAAGCCGUAUUUCGAGGCCACAAAGUGAGAGAAACCAUGAAAAAAUCGGAAACCAAAACUACAACCAACAACGGCAGCGCCAUGCCAUCAGCCGCCUCUGCCGCCGCAGCCGCUGCCGCUGCCGCCGAGGCAGCCUCCCCAUCUGCGGAGCCCACCAAAGCAGAGCUCGAGGCUGAGUUCGAUCCGAACGACAAAGAGUUGUGCCAUGCUGCGUUGAAGAUUCAGUCCACUUUCCGUGGCCAUUUGGCACGCAAGCUAGUGAACAAGGAUGUGCCGGAGGACGAGGACAUACAGGAGAUCACCAAGAAGGUGGCCGAGGAGCUGGACAUUGAUCUAACCGAUCCGGAGCUAAACAAGGCCGCUACCAAAAUCCAAGCAUCGUUCCGUGGCCACAAGAUCCGCAGGGAAACCAAUCCCGAAUAAGCUGGCCAAUGCGCAGACUUUUCAAUUUGUUGGUGUCGGCUGACCACAGAGCAGUCUACAAUAAAAAAUAAAAAUAAAAAAAAAUUGAUUGAAUAAACAAAACAAAAAUAAAAAUUGGUAAAAUGUAACUGUGCAAAGUCUUUGGAGAAGCCUGCACUCAUGUAAA